GAAACUUAACAGUAAACAGAAACUUAUGGUCUAUCAGUUCAGUUGUAUUUUGCAUUCACUCUGUGCCAUUCACAGCACUGGAUCACAAUGUUCUCUCAGCGUCCAUAUCUGAACCCGAAACUCCCAUUUAGGGGUUCUAUACAAGGUGGCCUGUUUGAAGGGAAGACAAUAACUAUAACAGGACGAGUCCUUGCAGGAGCGGAAAGGUUUUAUGUGAAUUUGCAAUGCGGCACUAAUGCAUCCAGUGAUAUCGCCCUCCACUUCAACCCACGCUACGCUGGCAACUCAGGUCAUGUGGUGUGUAACACGCUGCAGAAUUCCUGCUGGGGUUCAGAGCAACAGAGUAAACUCAACCAACUUCCCAGAGGCUCCGACUUCACCCUGACCUUCCUGGUCAAUCGAGACUCCUAUUCGGUGAUAGUGAACGGAGCCCAUUUCCUGGAUUUCUUGCACCGUCUGCCUGCCUCCCGUGUGAAUGUGGUCUCUGUGGACGGAGGUGUUGAGAUCAUGUCCAUCUCUUUCCAAAAUCCAGCUAGCUUGCGGGUGGUAAAACCCCGCUUCACACGUGUGGUACAGGCUACCAACACUUUCUCUUGUGUAUCGCCUGUAAAGGCUACCAACACUUUCUCUUGUGUAUCAGCUACACCUCCUCCGUACAGUCCUUCACUUGCUUAUGUGCUGCCAUAUAAAACCAUUCUGCAGGGUGGACUUUACCCAGGCAGAGUCAUCACUGUGAAUGGCUUUGUCAACCAUAAUGCUGACAGGUUCUGCAUCAACCUGUCUUGUACCUCUGGCAUUGCGUUCCACUUCAACCCGCGCUUCAACGAUAACGUGGUGGUGCGCAACAGCCUGAUGAAUGGGUGCUGGGGUCAUGAGGAGAAAAGCGGAGGCCUGCCCUUCUACAGAGGCCAGCAGUUUACGGUGAGCAUCACAUGCGACACUCAGUGCUACAGGAUCUCGGUGAACGGCAUACAAAUGUUCACUUACAACCACCGUUACUUUCUGCUUCAGCAGAUCGACAUCCUGGAGGUUGAUGGAAACAUCAGCGUCAGCUCCGUCACAGUUUAAGGGCAGAUUAAGGUCAUGGGGAGGUUUUAAUAGGAGAGACCACUGUACUCUUACACUAAUCAGUUUAUUUUAGAGUGUAGAAUAGUGGUAAAAAUCAAUUAUGUGUAUUAUUGUUUUUACGGUAUAUUUACAAAAUGUUAAAGAGAAUUUAUAACUAAAGUAACUUAAGUUGAAAUGUGUUAAGAUUGUAAUGCUUUUUUGUAUAUCAUGAUAAAAAUUAAAUCUAAAGUUAUUAUUUUAUAUGAUGGCACUGUAGCACAUUAAUAUCUCUGCGUAAGUGCAAAAUAAAAGCUGGACAUUAUUACAUUACUUUUUGCAAACAAUUAAAAUAUUUUAUGACAUAUA